CUGACUCUCUCACUGGCUCGCUUCUAGAAGGUGAAGGAUCCCGUCUAUAAAAGGGAGUGCGAUCCACACUUCCUCUUGAACUCCGAGAAGAAGAAGGAUCAGAUCUAGGGUUCCGGCGAUGAGCUCCGUUGUCUCGCGUUCAGCCACUCGAUCCCUUCGUGCUGGUCUCUCCAGAUAUGGAAGAUCAUUGUCAAGCGAAUCAAAUCGGUUAGAUGAGCCUCUGAAAGCUGAGGGAGCAGAAAGUGCGCGAUCAUCUACGAAGUUACUUGUACUGGGUGGCAAUGGUUUUGUUGGAUCACAUGUCUGCAAAGAGGCGUUGGCGCAAGGAUUAUCUGUUUCUAGUCUCAGCAGGUCUGGAAGGCCAUCAAUACGUGAAUCCUGGGCUGAUAAAGUCGAGUGGUACAGAGGGAACCUUCUUGAGCCUGAAUCUUUGAAGGAUGCUAUGAAUAAUGCAAACGCUGUGGUGUCUUGUGUUGGAGGCUUUGGAUCCCCUUCCCAUAUGCGGACACUCAAUGGGACUGCAAAUGUCAAUGCUGUACGAGUUGCUUCGGAGCAAGGUGUACAAAGAUUUGCUUAUGUAUCGGCAGCUUCUUUUGGUGUCAUAGAUUACUUUCUACAAGGAUAUUACGAUGGACAGAAAGCCACUGAAGCAGAAAUAUCGGCCAAGUUUCCCAAUGCAGGAGUAAUUCUAAGACCAGGUUAUAUCUAUGGCACGAAACGAUAUGGGAGUAUCAAGAUUCCUUUAGGCCUAAUUUUUGCCCCUUUUGAACUGGUUCUUCAGUAUACCGAGCCACUUCAUCGGAUCCCGCUCAUAGGUCCUGUCUUCACACCGCCAGUUAACGUUGCCAAAGUUGCCAAGGUCAUAGUGAGAGGCGCCACCGAUCCAGCAUUUUCGCCGGCCGAAGUAGAUGUCUAUAGCAUCAUUCGUUUGGGCAAACAAUUGUGAGGUGUGUUUCGGAAUGUUUAUGGAGGAAUAAUUAGUUUUAUUAUUAAGAAUUGUUAUCCUUCCACGUAAAAGGUAUAACUAGUGAAAAGUUCAUGGGGGUGAAGAGUUGUUAAUUAGUUUUGUGAUGUAGAAAUUAAAGCUUUUAGGUUACAAUAAGUCGGACAUGGUCUUUGAAUGUAAUUUGGAAACCUUUUAUAUGGUGCUUUCAGUCCUCAAUAAUUAUUUUAUUCCUAAUUAA